AUGUUGGCCGCGGGUCGGUCAUGGAUCCUCUUGCUCCACCGUGUCUCGAUACUUCUCGCACUCGUCGGAACUGUAGUUGGCGAUAACGCUGUGCAGCAGCCGACUGGGACGAAUACCACCACGCCGGCGCCCUCUGAAACCGUGACCACGCCGGUGCCGCCAACAUGCCCGGCGAAGAACGUGUGGGCCGUGGAGCGGGAGCGGUUCGAGCUUCCGAUCUGUCUCGAGACACGGUGGGGACGAGGACGAGAACUACUACGACUUUCAGAUGAAUCGAAUGCAGCAGCCUCUGAUCACAGUACCUCGGUUGCAAAUUCGGCGGCUACUGCGCCGUCGUCCAGCGGGACAGCGGAAAACACCACGAUCCCGACAUCGGAGGAGGAUACCGAUUCGCUUCUUGACAGUGCGAGCUUCCUCUCCUUUGAAGACUGGAAGAAGCAGAAUCUAGCCAAGGCUGGGCAGUCUGCUGAGAAUGUUGGGGGUAGUCGACGCUCUGCUGCGGCUGGGAAAGAAGGGAGACGGCAGCCGACGGGGAUUAAUAAUGCCUUGGAUUCAUUGGGAGAUGAUGCUGAGAUCGAGCUGGAGUUUGGUGGGUUCGGGGCUGAGACGCCGGAGGCGGCGCAUCCUACGGAUUGGAUGCCGUCAAGAGGAGAGGCGGGUGAAGAUGGCGCGGAUGGCAAGGCAGAUGUCGAUUCUCAUGCGCCGCAGGGUGGUGGUGGCCCCGGGGCAGACGUUUCUCGCCGUAAGGAUGCUGGAACUACCUGCAAGGAACGGUUCAAUUAUGCCUCAUUUGACUGUGCCGCCACGGUGCUCAAGACGAACCCGGAGUGCAAGGGUUCUCCGUCUGUCUUGAUCGAGAACAAGGACAGCUAUAUGCUGAAUGAGUGUCGUGCUCACAACAAGUUCCUCAUCCUGGAACUAUGCGAUGACAUCUUGGUCGACACUGUCGUGCUUGCGAACUACGAGUUCUUCAGCUCCAUCUUCCAUACCUUCCGGGUCAGUGUUUCGGACCGAUAUCCCGCAAAACCGGACCAGUGGAAGGAACUUGGAGUCUAUGAGGCUCGGAACACCCGCGAGGUGCAGGCGUUUGCGGUCGAAAACUCGCUCAUCUGGGCUCGGUACCUGAGGAUUGAAUUCCUAACGCACUAUGGACAUGAGUUCUACUGUCCUGUUAGUCUCAUUCGAGUGCAUGGGACGACCAUGAUGGAGGAGUAUAAGCAUGACGAGGGAGCUGGCCAGGUCGACGUUGAGAUGAUCGAUGAGCCGGUUCAGACGGGGCAGCAGCCUAGUGAUUCAGAGGCCGAGCGCCAGGAGAUGCCGGCUCAUGUCCAUGAUGAGGAAACUUUGGUUGGUCAAGUUUGCCCCAAACCACUUUCCGAGGUGGAAUCGCUCCUCUAUGGACAGCAGCCUCUCUGUGCUCCCACCGACCGGCCAACCAUCGAAAAACCCGAGGGCCAAGUUACUGUUGAACAGACUAAUCCCCCAUUAGAUGCGAACUCUACAGCCUCUACCGGAGAUAGCACGACGGACACACAGCCUAGAUCUUCUAUCCCACCCAACGCUGCCGUGGACACGCGAAAGACCGGGGAAGUUGGCCAAGUCCUUUCCGCGCCCUCCAAUUCCUCGACGGUGGCAUCGGAGGCCACAGCACAGAACGCCACUGAAAGCACUGGCAAAGGCACCGCCCACUCCAAGAACGAAACCAAUACUUCUCCGGAGUCAGUCCGAUCCACAAGCACCCAACCUCCAUCCUCCAACCCCACCACCCAAGAAUCAUUCUUCAAAUCCGUCCACAAGAGACUCCAGAUGCUGGAGUCCAACUCGACGCUAUCCCUACUUUACAUCGAAGAACAGUCCCGGAUCCUCCGCGAUGCAUUCAACAAAGUCGAGAAACGUCAACUAUCCAAAACAUCCACCUUCCUGGAGAAUCUCAACGUAACCGUCCUCAGCGAACUGAAACAGUUCCGCGAACAAUACGACCACGUCUGGAAGUCUGUCGCUUUGGAAUUCGAGCACCAGCGCCUGCAAUACCAUCACGAAGUGCACUCCCUCAGCGCCCAGCUCGGCGUCCUAGCCGACGAGCUCGUCUUCCAGAAACGAGUCACCGUCAUCCAGAGCAUCAUGGUCCUCUGCUGCUUCGCGUUGGUGUUGUUCUCCCGCAGCUCCGUCGGCAACUACAUGGAAUUUCCCAGCGUGCAGCGCAUUGUGGAGCGAUCACACAGUCUGCGCUCGUCAUCGCCUUUCUUCGGUUCUCCCUCUGCCAGCCCGGGCUCCACCCGCACUACUUCGUCGUAUCGCAACAAUACAACGCAUCGCCGGAACCUUUCAGAUAGCUCGUCCUCGCAGGAUGGUGUUGAUGCGUCUGUCGAUCCAGCCGGGGCUUAUAUCCCUCCAACACCAAUCUCUACCUCGGACAGUUCGCAGGAGAUGAUGGAGGAUGUGGCCCAAGUUGGAAAGGUGGACGUGGUGGAUCACGCCACCGUGCCAGAGAUAGAACCACCGCAGGUCCGGCCCCGAAGCACGCCGCCCGUUUUAACUGGCGGCCACCUUGCGAUGACGACGGCUGUGGACGCAGACGACGAGGAGGGGUUGCGGCUGCCUGAGCCGCCUAAAUCCGCGUGUGAACCCCCAACCUCGUUGUGA